AGACGUGUGUUUUCAAUUAUCAUUGUACUAACAAGGAUACCAGUGGGCCUAACAGCACAUGACGGAAGUUCUAGCCUGUUGGCAUAACAUUGGAUUAUAGUAUUACAAAGCUGAUUUUAAAUUUUAAAAUUUGUAUCUAGUAUUUAUUUAGGGGUUUCUUCGUCACUUUUUUGUAAAAUUAUUCUUCAAAAAACAAAUUUAGCUUUGAAAUAUAAUCCAAAGUUGUCAAAGCGGCUGCACACAUAUACAAAAAAGCUCAAUACAAAGACAAUAAGCAAUAACUUGGCACAUUAAUGGACAAACAAAUCUGAUGACCGAAUUUUGGUAACAUGUAAAUUCUUUAAAGAAAAUUUGUUAUCACCAACCAAAAACAACUCAUACAUUCCAAACAAAUCUCAAACCAUAAUACACCAAAUUCCAAAAGAAUAUCCUUUUUUCACUACAAACGUCAAAACCUUACUCCUCAAGUCGUCAAGGUCCAACCUCCAAGGACUACCACUCACCAACUCCUCCCAACCAAACCACCACAAUCCUCUGAAUCUCACUCACUUCAAACCCAUCCAGAAUCCCAGAUUCACAAUUCUGCAGGAGCCACCACAGCAUUCCGAAAAUCCAUUUUUUUGACAAAUUCGUUCCUUUUCUUUUUCAAACAGUGAGCUUUGGGAUGAAAACAAAGUCAUAUUAUCUGCAGCAUCGCAUCGGCAUCAUAUUUUUCUUUUUCUUUUUUUGUUGUUGGGAUUGAUUUAUGACAUCACAUCUGGCGUUGAUGUCGUGCCUGCUGGUGCUGCUCCUCUCCCUCGACAAGUUCCUCCUCCACUACCUCAAGAAGCGCUGGCUCUCCCCGAGGAUCUCGACUUCCCCGUCCAAAUCGCGGCGAUCCAUGGCGGCGGCGGCGGCGGGCGGCGGUGGCGCCAAGUGGAGCGAGACGGCCAUGCUCGUCAUCGACAUGCAGAAGGAUUUCGUUGACCCGGCGAUGCGGAGCCCGAUGCUGGUGGAUGGCGGCCAGGCGGUGGUCCCCACCGUCGCCGAGGCGGUCGCCGUCGCGAGGGAGCGCGGCAUCUACGUCGUCUGGGUGGUCAGAGAGCAUGACCCUUCUGGAGCAGAUGUUGAAAUUUUUCGGAGACGCUAUUAUUCUGGUGGGAAGGGCCCAACAGUGAAAGGUUUGAAAGGUGCUGAUCUAGCUGAUGGGCUUGUUAUCAAAGAAGGGGAAUACAAGUUGGUGAAGACAAGGUUCAGUGCUUUCUUUGCGACACCCCUUGAUUCUGUCCUCAAAACCUCAGGAAUAAAGAAAUUGGUUAUCGUUGGGGUUCAAACACCAAAUUGCAUCCGGCAGACAGUCUUUGAUGCUGUAGCAUUGGACUAUGAGAAAGUGACAGUCAUUAUUGAUGCAACAGCUGCUGCUAGGCCAGAGAUCCAUCUGUCAAAUAUAAGAGAUAUGAAGAAUAUCGGAGUGGAAACACCAACCUUGGAAGAAUGGCGACGAUAAAAUUGCUGUUUCUAGUGAUAUACUACAUGCUCAACUCCAAAGUAUUGGAGACAUCCCUGUUCCUUUCCAUCUCAGUGGGUGUAAUUAUAUUAACCUUAUGUCAGGUAGACCAACAGCAGAUACUGUUUAUAUAUAUAUAUAUAUUCAACUGUACAACUCCUAACCAUUCCUAUAUAAAAUUGAUCAUAUUGGGAUUACUGCUAUCA